AUGACUGGCACCGAAAACGGGUCUGCGCAGGAGCCGAAGUUCCUGAUCUUCGGCAAGUCGGGCUGGAUCGGCGGCCUGGUGGGCGAGCUCCUGAAUCAGCAGGGCGCCCAGUUCGAGUAUGGCACCGCGCGCCUGGAGGACCGCGCCGGCGUGCUGGCGGACAUUGAGCGGGUGAAGCCCACGCAUGUGCUGAACGCCGCGGGCGUGACUGGGCGCCCCAAUGUGGACUGGUGCGAGGACCACAAGAUCGAGACCAUCCGCGCCAACGUGAUCGGCUGCCUCAACCUGGCAGACAUCUGCCUGCAGAAGGGACUCCAUAUGACCUACUACGGCACCGGCUGCAUCUUCCACUACGACGACGGCAAGUUUGUGCAGGGCAACGGCGUGGGCUUCAAGGAGAGCGACACCCCCAACUUCACCGGCUCCUACUACUCCCACACCAAGGCCAUCGUGGAAAACCUGCUCAAGGAGUUCCCCAACGUGCUGACCCUGCGCGUGCGCAUGCCCAUCGUGGCCGACAUGACCUACCCCCGCAACUUCAUCACCAAGAUCAUCAAGUACGACAAGGUCAUCGACAUCCCCAACUCCAUGACCGUGCUGCCCGAGCUGCUGCCGCUGUCGAUCGAGAUGGCGCGGCGCAAGCUGACCGGCAUCAUGAACUUCACCAACCCGGGGGCCAUCUCGCACAACGAGAUCCUGGCGCUGUACAAGGAGUAUGUGGAUGAGGAGUUCACCUGGAGCAACUUCACUGUCGAGGAGCAGGCCAAGGUCAUCGUGGCCCCCCGCUCCAACAACCUGCUGGACACCGACCGCAUCAGCGGCGAGUUCCCAGAGCUGCUGGGCAUCAAGGAGUCGCUGAUCAAGUACGUGUUUGAGCCCGCGGCAGCCAACAAGGAGGAGGUGAAGAAGGCGGUGCGGGAGAUGCGGGGCCGCUGA